UCGCUUUCAUAGAAAAGCUUUUAUUUUUUUAUUUUAAGGUAACAUUUACCCGGAACUGAUAAAACACUGGCCUUGAGCUGGUUGACGUUUAGCAGCUAACGUUAUUGCAUUUGAUGUUGUCGUGUAGAGCUGCUACCAACCUCUGAUUUUUUGAAAAUAUGGAUGUUAGCGGUUCAGUUAGAAGUUAUGUUCUUAGCAAUGUUGCUGAAGUUGUCGAAAGGAUCCUGAGCUUUGUUCCAACCAAAUCACUUCUUCGGAUGGCGAGUGUGUGUCGUCUCUGGAGAAAUUGUGCACGGCGUGUGCUUCGCACUCAGCAGAAAAUUACCUGGUUGGCAGCCUCAGGUUCCUCCAGAUAUGACGGGCACAUUCUCCUGCGCACUCUCUAUGAAGAACUGGAGAAUGUGUACCUGCUACCUCAGAUGGCCUUGCUGAUGGUGGACAGUGAGAACUUCAGUUCACCGGAAUGCUGUUUUCAACAGAAAAAGGCACGUCGGAACAACAGUGAAGAUCCCGAUUUUGUAGGACUUUUAAAGCGCUUGUUGCCAGAUAACUGUGACAUCAUUGGGAUUGCCACUCCAGGGAUUGUAUUGACCCCUGUAGGCUCCCCCAAUGCUCCACCAGAGGAGCAUGAAGAUGGAGAGGCUGGUUUUGCACUCUUACUUCCCCACAUAGAAGGGGUUAGAAUCAGACCAUUUCACUUCUGCAAGCACACUUUGAACAACAGAGCUCUAGAGCAUGCAGGUCUUGUUGGCAACCCUGACUUGAAAGUAGUGCUCCUGUUUGGAUAUAUGGCAUUUAAGUCUGGAGCCUCUCGUUUCCUGAAUCAGCUGCUGGAACCCCUCUCACACACCAACGCCUUGAUUGCAGGUGGCCAUGUGGAGAAGGCUUUCUGCCCAAACAGAGACUGUUGUUCUCCUGGGUCAUAUGGAGUGGUGGGCUUGGCACUGAGUGGCAGUCGUAUCCAAGGAGCAUCAGUAUUGUUGGAGCAGGAAGUGAGCAGCGUGACUGCAGCUGAGGCCGUAUUGCAGCGUCUGAAGGCUGCACACAUUCCAGAACAUAAUACGAUUGGGCUCAUGUUUGCUUGUGUUGGUCGUGGGCACAAUUAUUAUAAUAACCAACGCAAUGUUGAGGCAGGAGCCUUCCGGAAACUUUUCCCCAAUGUACCCCUCUUUGGAUUUUUUGGGAAUGGUGAAAUUGGAUGUGACCGCAUCGUCAAAGAGAACUUUACACUUUCACAUACAGACACGGAUGGACUACAACAUGGAUACACAACAGUCAUGAGUCUAGUGCACCUAGGCUAGUAAAAUUUAAAUCUGAUGUUUUUAUUUAUUGCACAGUUAGAGAAUUCCAACCAGUACAUUUUUAUGGUAAGUUUCUUGGACCUUCAAAAAGCACCUACCUGUCUUGUGUGUUUCAGGGUGAUUGUCACAGCACCUGAUUUCUGUGUAUGUGAUAUGUUAUUGACAGAUAUUGUUGACCAGUAAAAUAUAUUGGGCAUUCA